UUCCCGGGACCGGCCAUGCUGCGGCUGGGUCCGCUCGCCGCCGCCGGACGCCUGUUGCCCGCGGGUCCCCGCCUCGAGCCGCCGCGCCCCGCCGGGGGCCGGGUGAGCUUCCUCCGGUGCUGGCCGCCUCGUCUGCCGGGGCCGGUCGGUGAUGGCCGCCCGCUAUCCCAGCAGGUGCGGGCGGCGGCGAACUCGGCCGGCGGCAGCGGCGGGCGAGGCCUGGCUCUGAAGACGCCCAAGGGCACCCGCGACCAUCCCCCCGCGCACGUCGCCCUCCGCGACCAUCUCCUCGCCGCCGUGGUGGCCUGCUUCAAGCGGCACGGGGCGGCCGCCAUUGACACCCCCGUGCUGGAGUUGCGGUUACAGACCCCACCUCUGCGUGCUCCUGUCCUGCCCAUCCCAUCUUUCCAGUGGCUCAGUAGCUGUUCUGAGAGAGCAGUGGUGUUUGCUAUGGCUACAAUGCAGGUGCCUUUUGCUCGCUAUUUGGCAAUGAACAAGAUCACCAACAUGAAGCGCUACCAUGUUGCUAAGGUGUACAGGCGGGACAACCCGGCCACGACCAGAGGCCGCUACAGGGAGUUCUACCAGUGCGAUUUUGACAUCGCCGGGCAGUGUGACCCAAUGAUUCCCGAUGCUGAGUGCCUAAAGAUCGUGCAUGAGAUCCUUAGUGACCUGCAGCUUGGGGACUUUCUCAUUAAGGUCAAUGACCGACGGAUUUUGAAUGGUGUGUUUGCCAUCUGCGGUGUCCCAGAGAGCAAGUUCAUAACUACAUGCUCUACCGUGGACAAGCUGGACAAGGUGCCUUGGGAAGAAGUGAAGAGCGAGAUGGUAGGAGAGAAGGGGCUCUCUCCCGAGGCUGCGGAUUACAUCGGGGAGUAUGUCCAGCUUCACGGUGGCCUGGACCUGAUCGAGCGGCUUCUCCAGGACCCAAAGCUGUCCCAGAACAAGCUGGCCAAGGAGGGGCUGGGGGACAUGAAGCUGCUGUUUGAGUACCUGACCCUGUUUGGCAUCACAGGGCAGAUCUCUUUUGACCUGAGCCUGGCACGGGGUCUGGACUAUUACACAGGGGUGAUCUUUGAGGCUGUCCUGCUGCAGCAGGAGAACGACCAUGUGGAGGAGCCAGUCAGUGUUGGGAGUGUGGCUGGAGGCGGUCGCUAUGACGGGCUGGUGGGGAUGUUUGACCCCAAGGGACGGAAGGUGCCCUGCGUGGGGGUCAGCAUUGGGAUUGAGCGGAUCUUCUCCAUCCUAGAGCAGAGAGUGAAGGCUUCUGGGGAGAAAGUUCGAACAACUGAGACACAAGUGCUGGUGGCUACACCUCAGAAACACUUACUUGCUGCGAGGCUGAAGCUCAUCUCUGAGCUGUGGGAUGCAGGGAUCAAGGCAGAGAUGCUGUACAAGAAGGAUCCUAAACUGCUGAAGCAGCUGCAGUAUUGUGAGGACACGGGGAUCCCCCUUGCUGCCAUUGUAGGAGAGCAAGAGCUGACAGAUGGAGUUGUCAAGCUGAGGGAUGUUGCAAGAAGAGAGGAGGUUGAUAUCCCAAGAGAAAAGCUUGUUGAUGAGAUUAGAAGAAGGCUGGAGCCCUAGGACGUCUCUGUCCAGAGCUGCUUGACUGAACUGCUGUGCAGCUGGAACACUCCAGUGCCCUCAGCCAUUCACUUCCUGAUGAAGUCUGGUCACCAUCUGCUAGCCUGAGUCUCAUCUGCCUGGGCUUAAGGCAGUGUUGACACGGGGUAUCUGCUUGGAAAGGAGCAAGUGGAUUUGAAAACUUAUGGACAAUGCAGUCACCAGAUUAACCUUCUGGUUUACUGCUCUGAAGGAUGGAUCAAGCUUGUGGGUUGUACAGCCAUUUCCAUCCACCCUAGGUGGUCACAGUGGUGGCACAGGCACAGACGGACGUGGUGUAGCUCAAACAGGAUCAGGCUGAGCUCCAGGGUUGGGGGGGGACAUCUGUGGCGUGUUGGGUGCUGGCAGGCUCAGGAGGUAGGGAGAAUGGUACUGGAAGACCAGCCCCAGCCUGCAGCCGGGCUCUCCCGUGGGGUAGGGGGCCAGGCAUGCUGGGGCUGCUGCACCGACCUGUGGGGAGCGCAGCCCCCCCCUCAGGGAGGGACACAGCAGGGGGCUGGUGCAGCUUCGCGGGCAGGCUCCGGCUGGGGGGAGCGUGCAGGAUGGCUGUACUUUAAUAUAUUAAACAAAACAAACCCCAAAAA